AGACGCAAACAUGGCUGCUGCAGGGCUUGAUAUGUCUAAGAAUUCAAUGAGGAUUCCUACAAAUAACAUAAAUACCAGUAAUCAUGAACAGGCAGAGACCAGUAGCCAAGUACAAACAAAUGAAGCAGAUCUUGCUAUGGAUCUGGGCGAAAAUGAUGGUUUCAGCAAAGUGUUUUCCUGGUUAACCAAUGUUGAAAUUAAUACGGCCCCAGAAGAAAACAUUGCUCUGCUUGCUAGUACAGCGGACCUAGUAUGUGAUGACAGUCACGUAGCCAUGACUCAAAAUGAGUGUCAAAUUUCAGAUGCAACUAUCGAACAAAAGCAACUGAACCUUGCAAUGGAAUGUACUUCAGAAGAAAACCGCACGAUGUUGACCGAAAAUAGAGACCCAGCUUUAAAUGAAACUCAUGGUGAGACUACAUCCGUCGUCAGCUUUGAAGGUGAAGAAUUCCAAGAUGAUAGCGAUCUCGAUAAGGAGUAUGUUCCUGAAGAUGAGGAUUUGGAUUCAGAAGGCUCCUCAGCGUGUUCAACCGUAAAAGAGAAAGAACAUUAUGAGCCAAAGCGUAAACGUAAGAAAAGGGGUGCAAACUUGGAGAAAAAGAAAAGCAGUACAAGCAGUAAGAAAAAUGACACAUCAGAAGAAAGAAAUCCCGAUGCACAUUCUUUAAAAGUGAGAAAGCAAAAAACGUCUAUCAAGAAUGAAACCAGAUUAGUAAGAAAGGAAAGGAAAGAGAAACGAAACUUAGGUUUAGAGUACACAACUAAAAAUGGAGAAACAGUACAGGCAAGAAGAUUUAGGGACUUAGGAAAUUGUAAGCUUUAAUGUGGAAAAAGGAUAGACAAAGAAAGAA